AUGCUGCUUGAAGUUAUUGACAACGUUAAAAAAUGCAAGAGAGUAAGUCCUAUCUGUUUUUGUGACAUAGCAUCGUGCUAUUAUAAUCUUCGCGGGAAAUUCGCAGAUACUGAAAAAACCCAUCCAAGCACAUCAAGUGGCGGACAAUUUAUCGACACGUUGAUCGGACAAUGGAUGAAGAGGACAGGAACAAACAUCGUAUUGCACCAAACGGAAAAUCGAGUGGCUGAAAACUCAAACUCACAAGAGAGCAAGCAGGUUUUGCAAAACCAGGAACGCAGCAUCCAAGUCUUACAACGGAAACUAAAGCAGAGCCAGAAGGCGGAAAUCUCUCUGUCUUCGGCCUUGGAAAUGGAGAUGCGUAAUAAGGAAGAGAUUCAAAUAAAGCUGAACGCCACUUGGGAAUCCAUCGACACUAUCGCAGAUUACUUCAAUUACAUCAGCGAAAGCCUCGCGAGCUUCCAACAGCACCGUGCUAAUUUAUCCAACCUUUACGACAAUGUGAUCCUGAAGCAACAGGAAAACAUUCAGAAGCUGCAGUCGAGCAAUACAAUGUUGAAAGAUCUGCAGAAAGAUAUCGCGCAAUUCGAAAACGAAUCCCAGCUGCAAGAAAAAAGAUUUCAGGAAGCGACGAUAGAACAGAAUAAGUUGCGGAAACAAUUGGAGGACUCCGUUUGCGAACUGCAAUCGCAGAAGAAUAAAUUGGCGAAUGUGCACGCCGAGGAGAAGUUGAAGCUCGUCAAAGAGCAGCAGCGGUUGCUACUCGAAUAUGAAAAUUUGCAGUCGCGGCUGCAAAUUAUCGAGAAUGAAAAAUGCGACAUCACGAAGUCCGCAACACAACUGCAGAAUAAAUUACUGCUACAAGAAGAGAAGACUCAAGCAGCGUUAACGGAACAGAGUAAACUGCGGAAACAAUUAGAAAAUGCUAAUAAUGAAUUUUACAUGCAGAAGAAUACUUUAAUCAGCGCAUAUGCCGAAGAGAAGAAAAAAUUGAUUGAAGAGCAACAACAAUUUCUAUCUGAUUGUGAGAGUUUGCAAUCGCAGUUAAGCAUACUGAAGCAAGAUAACAGCAACGCUGCGGAGGCAGUCGUGCAAAAGGAUACGCUUAUUUCGAAGCUCCAGAAAGAAAAUUCCACGUAUAAGAAUCAAAUCGAGACGCUAAUGACGAGUAACAAGGAGGCGAGUGACAAGUAUAAAGCUUUGGAGGAAAAGCAAAACAUGUGGGAGAAGGAAUCGCAUACAAAGACGGAAAGAAUUCAAAGCUUGGAAGGGGUAUUAAACGCGAUGAAACAAAGGGAGACCAGCUUUGUCAAUGACAUAAACAGAAUAGAGAAAAAUUUAACCAACGAGAGGGAUUACUCCAAAAAUCUCGAGAGCAAGCUGUCGGGUGUGAAGAAAGACUUACACGCCGCAGAAAUGCAAAAUUCCGAGAUGCAAGAAGCUCUGAAAAGCGCCAAGUCUGCCAAUGAGCUUAUUAACAUUGAACUUCAACACAAAUUGAAGGUUCUUCAGAAGAAGAAGGAGGAAGUUGCUGAGCGUGAGGACAUGUGGACUAAGAACGCAGAGAUUUUGCACGAGAACACUCGAGCCAAGCACGCAGAAGAAGUGUCGGCCUUGACGAACAGCUACGAAGCACGUUUGCUGGAAUUAAGGAAGACUAUAGAGCGUCUGAACGAAACAAGUAAUAAUAUCACGCAGGAGAAUAGCGCAUUAAAAACGUCGUUAACAGAAAUGAGAGAGGAGAACAUCAGCCUAAAGAGUAACUAUCAAUUUACUAUGGAACGUAACGAGAAUCUUCAGAACAAGCUGAAAGAAGCCACAGAUGCGAUGCAGAUGAAUAUUCAGGAAUCCAAAAAGAACUUCCUAAAGGAUAAGAAGCAGACAGAGGCCAAGAGCGAAUUUGCGUUGCGUUCCGAGCCAGAGAUUAUGGAAAUGCUCGAAGCCGAUCAAAGCAACGUUUCUACAUCUAUGAAUCUCGGAUCACAGAUCUCGGAUCUCGGCGAUAACGAGUACGGCAGGUCAUUAUCGCAGCGCCGGAAUCGGACGUACUCGAUAGAGAGGGAAAGUCCAAAGGAGCAAGAGAAGGAAGUUACGUCAGCGGGAAAGAAGUUCUUCAAAUCGCGUCAGCUGCGUACUUAUUUGAAACGACGAUAGAUUUCAUGAGGAAGCGAAGAAUAUGUUCAUGAAUGAACAUCGACGUCGUUAUCGUUUAAUGUUUCAUAUCUUUUCUCGCUUUUUUUCUCUUCGUUCCAAGUAUCUGUUAGAAACUUAUCAGUUUAGAAAACGAUAGCAACGAGGCAAGAUAAUUUGCAGUCGCGAGUAGAAGAAAACAAAAGAGUCAAAGGUUCCGGCAUAUCCAGCGUAAACACAAGAUCGAUAUCGGGAGGAGUGGGUAGCUGCAUUUAAAAUGCGCCGUGAACACGGAGCGUAGUCAGCGUCAGCGCUCUCGAAAAAACACCCACGCACCUUCGACACGAUGAAGACAAGAUUGUAUAUAGCUGGUGGAAGAGAGCGCGCAGAACGCUUAAAUUUAAACGUGAUUCACCGGUCCGCCAUCCAGCCAAUAAAUGAUCCCCUUUGAAUCGACACGAAACUCAAAUUACGCAACGCGGUAAUGGAAUCGCGGAUUUCGUCAUCCUCGCGGCUGGAACGUUUCGUACGCGUUACUUGUUUCUUCCUUUUUGUAAACCUUACGAGAACCAGUCUCUCGCCCGUGUAAAAAUACAUCUCUCUUAUACGUUGCAUAUGUCGCGACUCUUUCCUCCAGUUGCUCGCUCCGCGAGAGAAGAUUCAUUUGGCACGGACCUCUGUUCUCUUUAAAACCAUAAAUCCUCGCGUCUCAUAAAUCAGCGACGGUAUCUUCAGUUAUUAUAUCUACGGACUUUUGUCUGCAAGGAUGUCUGAAAAAUUGUCUCCUCCGCUAGACUUUCAGUCUAUCUCGCGUUCGUGCGAGGUGGUAUCAGCCGCGAAAUCUGGAUCGCGCAAUAAUAACCCGAGCCGUAUGACAGAGAACUAUUUAAAAGUAGCACGCCCCACUUUCCACGAGGGCGGCCGUUUUUUUUUUCCAUUUUUUUCUUUCUGACUCAGGACCUCGACACGUUGCCUAUGCCCUACACCGAUACGGCCUCGUGUGUUCGCAUCUCAGCCUCUAAUCAGACUAGGUCAGCGCGAAUUGUCCCAUUUGAGCGGAUCAGAUGAUCCUUAAUCUGACAUUUCCGUCUUUGAGAGCGAGCGUACAAUUCAGGUAAUUCAGCAUCAGCUUUGCGUAUCCGUGAGAGCAUAAAUAAUCAAAGGAACGAUGUUUGUCCUUUUCGCACUGGUCAAUGUCCAGGCAAUCAGCUUUUCGUUGCGUAAACCGAGGGAAUUGGAAAUACCUCAAAGCGGUGUGUCGUUCGUGUUAAUUGCGUCGACUGAUUACAUCUUACUGAUUGAAGAGCAAGAUUUUUGCUCGACGGAGAGGAGUCGCGGGUUUUCUCAAAUUUUCGAAUACUUGGAGGUUACAAAAUAAACGGACAUUCCAUAAGUAUAAAUCGGAUGACGAAUUGACCUUCCGUCGCGUGAAACUUCACGACCGCUGCAUCUUGCGUGAGAUCAAGGCUGCGAGGAAGUGAAAAGUUCCGGACGAUUAACCACUAUUAAUCGCUACGCACGAGACGAACGGCUCGAUUGAAGCUUAGCGAGAAGACGGGUGGAUUCAUCGCGAUACUCAAGAAGUGUCAGGAUUAAAACCGCGCGCGGCCCACACUCAUGCGAAUCUUGUUGCGGCUUAUUUACCAGACGCUGCGAUCAUUAUUAAACUGUCCAAUUUUCACAGCAGCUGCGUCUUGCCGCGAAUUUCGGAAAACCUAUUUCUCGUUUAACUGAAUAAGCCGCUAAUAUUAGAAUCCCGAAACGCGUGAAAUCACGUACGCUUACGUCGCUUCAUACUGGGUGUCCCAUAGCCGCGCAGCGUGGAGGAAAAAUAAGUCGGACGUUGCGCAAGUGAACAUGCGGGAAAGAGUACGGGAUGAAUGGUCGAUGAAGUUUUCAGGACCCAUCAGACAGGACACGUGGCGGACAAAACGAUGAGGAAUCGUCAAGUACCUCUUCG